UUCCAUCAUUGGCUACAUAUAGUAAAUAACGGCCAUAUAUUUCCGGGGUAUAUUUUAAAAAGUGCCAUUAUAGAGAAUUAUACGACAUAAAAUUAAGGUUUUGCUGGUAGUUUGGUUAGUAAUGAACGCGAUCAAGUGUUUAUUUCACGGGAUGACGAACGCGGCUGCCCAGCUGAUGACAGUGCAUAAGACACAGCAUCAGUGCUAAUAUUCGUCUUUUUUCUCCUUUACGGUCACAUUGAGUCCCCCACAAGACAACACUUUCAAGAAAACUACUUCCCGGGCACAGAAGAAGAGGCAGGGACCAGCAGAAGCACCUUCAGAAGGCACAACACGUCUGUAGCAGAGACAACAGCAGUGCAGUGCAAGAGACGUCUUUGCAACACCGUGGUAAAGAAGACGAGAAAUGCAGCAGUAGAUUGUCAUCUUAUAGUAUCAUGACGACUCCGGCUCUCCACGAUGAGCUCUUGUUGGUAGAGCGUGUGUUUCUUCGAAUAGGCUCUGCAGCAACUGAUGAUGUUUUACAGGAAGAGUUACUUAAAUUCCUAGCACCUGUCAUCUUGAAAUUGGCCUCUCCACAUGAACCUGUUCGGAAGAAGGUGAUGGAGUUGUUGAUACAUGUUAACCGUCGAGUUAAAGAUCAUGAAAGUAUCCAGCUGCCAGUGGAAUCUCUCUUGGCUCAGUAUCAGGAUCCAAGCGCUACAGCAUUUGUCACUAAUUUCUCUAUAAUCUACAUAAAGAUGGGAUAUCCAAGACUGGACCUGAAUAAGCAGGUAGAGCUCCUACCCUCCAUGCUUAACAGUCUGGAAGGCAAACCCUCUCAGCAUCAGGACAGUCUUCUACUAUUGAUGGUGCCAGUAUUUGGUCAUAUGAAGAUUCCUGAAACAGCCGAGAAAACUGCAUCAUUAUUUGGUCUGCGGGAGAGACCAGGAGUUGCUAAGCUCCUGCUUGACUUUAUGCUGGAUAUUUUGCUCCUUCCUUAUGGUGCUACACCACUGUCUCAACAAAGGGCAAGUGAUGGAGCUCAGGAUAAUUCUGAGGGUCCUCCAGUGCCUGGUGUACCAGCAGGAAUGAGCAUCCACACCUUUAAAAGAGUCACAGGAGAAACUGCACCUAAACCUGAAGAUCUAGAGAAGCUUAAGGUUUCUGUUAUUAGGUUUUUAAGUUCUGAGGUAUUGCCACCUUCCUCAGUUGUAUUGCAGUUGAUUAUAGGAGCAGCUGAUACAAGGUUUUCUGUGGCUAAUGCAGCAGAUCUACAGCUUAAGAGAAUAGAUGGCAGCGUUGACUGGAACAGCAGUUCAGUAAUUGCACCCCUCUAUGUUCUUUUUCUUGGCACACUUAUGCCAAAAGAUAAAACUCCAGCAGAUAAAUUUAAAAAUCCUGCAAAUACAAGAAUUCGACUGAAGCUUAUGCCAUAUCUAUUAAAGUCAAAAGAAGCGUGUAAUUAUGCCCCACUCGCUCUGAAAGUGUUCUUCGAGUGCCUUUGGGGACAAAAUUCAAAUACGAAGCUGAAGCAGCAGGGUGUAACAUUUCUACACCACAUUGCAUUCAAUGCUGAUAAAGAUAAGUUAUCUCCAGUGGGAAGUGUACUGUUUGGUGGAGUUGUUAAGGUUAUUGAAGAAGAAAAGUGUGAUGCAAGGCUACGGUCAUUAGCAUAUGGAGCUUUGGCAAAAUUAUCCGUUAAACUUCCAAACCUCCUGUUGUCGCAUCCCUCGCAGCUUCAUUACCUGCAGACCCUGAUGAAUGCACUAACACAGGAAGAAGGAGAUGUCUUAUUGGCUGUGCAGGAGGCUCUGUCAAUGGUUGCACCUGUCUGUAAACAGCUUAAUACGUCAAGCCAAGAUGAACUUUGUGUCCUCUUGUCUGAGCAUGUGCUGCAUCAUAAUGCUCAGCUAAGGCGUACAGCUGUUCAUUAUGCAGCAUCAGUAUUUCCUAAUGAUCAUGUUCCUUCGAGGUUCAUUCUCAUGGUGGCUACAGGAGACAGCCAUGAUGACAUUCGUAUAGAGUCCAGAAGACAGUUAUACAAGGCAGCUAAAGAGGCCAAAGAUGGAACACCAUCAUUCCAAGCACCACCAUUCUCUGCUGUUAUUAGCUAUGUUCUGGAGCGUGUAGAUUCACUCCCAAGAAGUAAAUGGCAUGAUGUUGCAAAUCAGCCUGUUCCGUUUUCUCUUCCAGUAAUGGAACAGAUGCUGAAAUAUUUAGAGCAUUGCUUAGAAGUUGAAGCAGGCAAUCAGAGUGGGCGUGAGGAAGGAUUAUUCUGGUCUGACCCACCUGCUGUAGGAAGACUGGUACACAAGAUUGUAGGAGAACACCAGCAAAAAGUGACUUCAGGAGCUAUAGUUAGAGGUCCUAAUCCAUUCAUGAGAUACAUUGGCUUUGCUGAAUUGGCAGCCAAUGCUUGGUCUGCUGCAGCCUUGGAAUCAAUUUUAAGAAUAGUAGCUGUUGCCCCAGAGCUGUUUUUUGCCCAUUAUUCCCUAAAAAUGGAUUGGAUACGGAAAUUCAUCCUUCGUGGAAGUCAUUACGGAGAGGUGGCAGCUCAUCUCUUUGGUGUAGUUAGCGGUCAAAUUCAGAGUCAGCAAGAGUUCGAGAAGGUCACUUACCAGAUUACCAAUGUGAAAAAUUUGCGUGUGGACAGUCAAGAGAGCUGCGUGCUAGCAGUGGGUCACAGUUAUGCUUACAACAUUAAUAACAUGAAGAAGUCUGGAGUCUACCUUGAGGACUGGCCAGCUUAUGAAUCUAUUGUUCAUGACCUAGUGCAUCAGAUGCUGAGCGAGAGCAGCCCUAUUCAGAAUGCUUUAGUGAUAGCAAUAGGAGAGAUGGCCAGACAGAGCACUCUGCCUUUACCAGGUGUUGCUGAAGUGGACACCAAACAACUCUCAUCUCUUGCCUUGGUCAAUGCUCUUAUUAAGAUAUUUAACAACAAGAAACUUCCAUCUAAGGUACGGGAACAAGCUAUAGCCACAUCUGGAUACCUUUGUGUAGGUCAACAAGAAUUUCCACAUAAAAAGAAAAUUUUAGAAUCCCUGUUGGCUCUGGCUAAGGAGACAACUGAAAUUGAGGUUCAUUUUGCUGUUGGCGAGUCGCUGGCAGACUGUGCUCUCGGUACCGAGUCACCAUCAGGAAGAAACUUAUGGACUGACGAGGAUCCCAUGAAAGAAAAGACAGUUGAAGAGCUAGAAGAAAACAUGGAAGAGGUAAGUUCCUUGUAUUACUUAAUGGAUGAAUACAUGAAGAAAUUUGUAAUGGGGAAUUCCAAGAAGCAUCUGACAUCAGAUGAAAAUUAUGAAGCCAUGGAGAAGGAUAUGUAGAAGUUAGAAGAAAAAAUGUUCCCUCACACUGAUGAAGCCAUGGAUAUAAGUGAGGGUGCAUCCUCAAUUGGGGAAGCACUACAAAACACAGAAGCUGAGAAAGAUACUCUGACGUGGAUUUUGGGGGAACUUCUCGACAAGUAUGUUCGACAAACACAACCAAGUGUUAGACAGUGCUCAGAGAGGCUCUGCCAUGUCAAGGCUGCAUGGAAAACCCUGGAUGUCAAGCCUCCAGCAUCAAGUAGAGCCCUCACCACUGAGCAGCAGCCUCGUCCAGAGGAGGCUACAGUAGCAUGGAAUCCAGGGUCACUUCCUCAGCCACAGGAGGUUAGCAUGGGCCAACACUGGGACCACAAAUGGAGGUUUUUUACAGACGAGUCCCACACCAGAGUAGCUGUGGCACACACUAGCUCGUGUCGCUUCAAAGUUGCCAUUAUGACUCAAAAUCAUGACAACAUAAUUACAAGCAAAUCAGGGAACAGAUGCUCCUUGUUCCCAGAUUUAGUGCAGGAUGCUGCUUCCAAGGGCUUGGGUGUUGUAUACGAGUGUUGUUCAGAGGCAACACGGCAGUCCAUGGUAGAAGGGCUAGUCCAGACUUUGACAGAAGGAAAACGCACCAUCCAGAAUGUUACUGAUGACACAAAAAUUUUCCAGGAAGGAGAGCUAGGCAAGGCUCCAUCAGGAGCACACCUGUCAACAUAUCGUGAACUGUGCUCCUUGGCAACAGAUCUCAAUCAGCCUGAUCUUAUCUACAAGUUUAUGAAUCUUGCCAACCAUAAUUCAAUUUGGAAUUCAAAAAAGGGAGCUGCAUUUGGUUUUGGCACUCUUGCAACCCAAGCUGGUGCCCAGCUGGAACCAUAUCUACCCCAAAUUGUUCCAAAGCUAUAUAGAUACCAGCAUGAUCCAACACCCAAGAUCCAACAACCCAUGGCUGCUAUCUGGAAUGCCUUAGUCACCGAUAAUGCAAAAACUAUUGAAAAGUAUUAUGACCCAAUCCUGUGUGACCUGAUAAACAACUUGACUCAUAGUAUGUGGAGAGUGCGUGAAUCAUCUUGCCAUGCUCUCACAGACUUACUGCGGAGACAAUCGGCUGCCAAAGCUAUACAUCGUAUCAAGGAAAUAUGGACAACACUAUUUAGAGUGCGAGAUGACAUCAAAGAAUCUGUUAGACAGGCAGCAGAGAAAACUUUACAUGCUUUAAGCAAGAGUUGCAUCAAGGUGUGUGAGAGUACUGGUGAGGAAAGUGAGAAGAUGCUUAAGGAAGUCCUGCCCACUCUACUGACAUCAGGCAUUACUAGUACUGUGCCUGAAGUAAGGAAUGUGAGCCUGCAGACUGUGUCCAAAUUAUGCCGUACAGGAGGCUCCCUAGUGAGGCCACACUUAGGCACGUUAGUUCCAGCUCUGCUCGAAGCUCUUUCAGGACUUGAAUCUCAAGCUCUUAGCUAUACUUCAGUGAGGUUAAAUGAUGAUGAUAGAGAGAAGCUAGAUGUGGCUCGAGUUGCUGCAGCAAGAAGCACACCUAUGAUGGAUACAUUAAAUUAUGUCUUGCAGUUUGUUGAUGAAAGUACCAUGGAGAAGUUAGUGGGAGGUCUGGUGGAUGUUCUUAAGAGCUCCGUUGGCCUUGCAAGCCGUGCAGGUGCUGCUCAUGUUGUAGAGACACUGACUCAUACCUGUCCUGCUCCAUUGGAAAAAUAUACAGGAAAACUCUUGGCUGCACUUGUUAAUGGUCUGAGUGAUAGAAAUGCAGUGGUGAGGAAGGUAUAUGCUAAUGCCAUAGGUAAUCUAGUUAAAACUGCAAAAACUUCAAGUGUAGAAAAGAUCCUGACAAAAUUACAGACUUGGUAUUUAGAGAAAGAUGAGGAUACCGUAAGGAUGAGUAGUGCUCUUACUCUCCGUAGUAUGCAUGCUCAAAAUAGUGAUAUAAUGAAACAGCAUGCUUGCCAGGCUAUGCCUCUGGCAUUUUUGGCAAUGCAUGCUGAGAAAACUGCUGAGGGUGACCUUAGUGGCGUUGAAAUCUGGGAAGAAAUUUGGUCGGAUAAUACACCUGGAACAGAAUCUGGAGUGAGGCUUUAUUUAAAUGAAAUUAUUUUAAUUUGUGAACAAGCUUUACAAAGUUCAAAUUGGGCAAUGAAAGCUCAGGCUGGCAGAGCCUUGUCAACAAUGUCUCAGAAACUGGGAUCAAGUAUGAAUAAUGAUCUUGUCACAUCCUUAAUCACACUUCUAAUCAGCAGUCUGCAAGGCAGAACAUGGAUUGGUAAAGAAUCCCUUGUUACAGCACUCUCAAAUGUAGCCAUGCACACAAAGUCAAUACUUAGCACCUUGAAACACCCAGACAGAGAUGAACUACUAAUGGAAGACAUUGUUAAGGUACUGACCAGGGAGGCCAGCAAAGAAAAGAUGGAAUAUAAGAUUCAUGCCAUUAAAGCCCUCUCUACAGUCCUUGACACCUACCAAAUUGACAGAUUUGAACAGGUCUUUGAUAUCUGUCUGCCAUACCUGACACCUGAUAAACAAGAACAGGAGUCCACUGAUGAUGAAGAGCGCAACAAAAAAGAAGAAUCAUUGCGCUGGGACCUUAUAGAUGAGAUGGUAAACUCCUUAGGGCGUGCCUGGCCCUUAUCCAAGGUUACCCAAGAAAAAUACAGUGAGCAAGUAGUGGAAAUGUUAAAUAACAGUGUGUCACGUGUUCCUCGCAAGACACAGCUGAGUAUCGUGGGAGCAUUGAAGCAUUUCUGGAGUCGACACUUUCUGUUGCAAGAGCUUCCUUCCUCUUUGGGAACACCUCUCUUUGAUCCUCUCUUGCAUCACUCCUGCAAGAUAUUCAAUUAUUGUUUAGGUGUUGCCAAGUUUUAUAGUCUGCGACGAGAGUCCCUGGUUGUAUUGAAUGAAUUCCUAGAAAAAGUGAAAGUAUGUGAAACUUUGGUGGUGCGACUUCGUAUGGAUCUGUUGUCUGGUGUUGAGGAGGCUCGCAGAGAUGCUCAACCUGAUGUUCAGUCUCUAGCUGCCUCAGCUCAUCGUAUUCUUCUUUUGGAAACAAGAGAUUGAAAAUGUGUAUCAGAUACCAGUAAUCAAUAAUUCAUGCUCAUUAUUUACAUGUUUUUUUAUUUCAAAAUUUUUAACAUAAUAUAUAAAAUGACUACCAGAUCUAGGAAAUAUGAGUUACAAAGAAAGAUUGACAACAAUGUAAAUGCCCAUGUUUGUGAACGGAGGACAAGAAGAGACAUAAUUGCAAAAUACUUAAAGGAUAUAAAUGGAGAGAGAUUUCUUAGCACCAUUAGUGAGAUCACGAGGCCAUAAUUGCAUACACAAAAAAUUAUUGGUGCUGAAAUGAUACUACUAGAAAAGAAUUCUUAACCAAUAGUAUGGUAGAAUAUUAAAAUAGGAUUCAGGAGGUAGUAAUUGCUACAACCACUAAUAACUUUUAAAAAAUAUAGCAAACACUAAAAACAUAGAGCUCAACCCUCUGUAUCCUCCCCUCCCUGCAAUCUCGACAGGUAAUUACACGUGCACACUUACAUAUGAAGUAAUAAGCAGACGAUGGCAUUUAAUGAAGAGAAAUGCAAUGUAAUAGAAAUGAGAGAAAAUUCAGGCAGGCAAUAUGAAUAUAAAUUAUGUUGGUCUGUUCAUUAGAGCAUGUCACCAUCAUACUAGAUCCCUUAUUGACACCCUAACAUGUAAAUGAGAUAAGAAGUGACAUAGCAGAGGCUGACUCCAUACUCCACAGAAGUUCAAAACAAGAUAAACUAGACAUGUAACAAGAUAAACUGCAUCAGCUACUCUAAGAUGCAGUACCAGGAGCUGGGCUUGACCAUUCACAACUCUCCUAUAAUUUGUUAACAAUACUUGUAGCUGUGCCAUGUGUGUUGUAAGUGGCUACUAAAAUGCCAGGAGCAAGGGGUUAGUAACCCCUUCUCUUAUAUUAAUUACUAAAUUUAAAAAGAAGAACUUUCAUUUUUCUUUUUAGGUCACCCUGCCUCAGUGGGAAUGGCCAGUUCAUUAAAAAAAAAAUUGUAGCUGUCUUACCUGAUUUAUCUCUGGGGUACAAAAGUGGGAUAACAUCAGUGGCAUACAUUCGGCAGAAAUGUGUACCUUCGGGAACUUAUAAAAAUCAAAUGUUUUGAAGUUUAGCAAGAGUGAUAAAGGCACAGGAAAAAGUUUUUUGGAAAGACUGAAUGAACUUAGCCUCAUGAUUGGCAGAACAUAGAAGGUCACAAAGUCAAAAGUACUUGGAGGCAUAGGCAAAGUAGAUGAAGAUAAUUUUGUUUGACAUUUGAGAGUUCAGGAUGAAUGAAGCACAUCUCCAAUGGCUGCUUCUGAGCUGUCAUUAACAAGAUCUACCUCCAUCAUGUUUUUUUUUUGAAUCUGUGUAUUGAGUUGGCUUUUACUCUAUUGUUUCUAAGCUCAUUCCAUGCCUUUAUUGCUCUUACACUGUAUAAAUGAUUGCUAAUGUUUAUAUGGCUCAACUGAGUUUUAAUAUCAGAUUCAGCUGGGUAAAUGUGCAGUAUUUUAUGUACAGUAUAUCAUACGUAAAUAUUUAUUCAUUGGCCCUCAUAAAGUGGAGAGGUGUGGUAGAAUGUAAACAAAUGUGCAAUUUGCUUGACAAUUCCAUGAAUUGAGAUUUUUUAAAUUAUUUACACUGUCCUAUGCUUGUAUAAUUCAAACACCCACUUUAUGAAAUAGGUCUGAUAAAACUUAAGUAUGGUAGAUCUUUCAGAAGUCUGUAUAUAGGAAAUUUGUCAUGCAGAAGUUUUUGUAAGUACAGAGGAUAGAAAUUAAAUACUGUAUCUUUUUGUGGCAGGUUCUAUGUUUACCAAAACUACAUGUAAUCCUUGAAUUUUUUAUUACUGUAGUUAUGUAUUCCUAAUCUAAAAUAAAAACUUGGCUUAUGAA